AUGGGUGACUGGAGUUUCUUGGGGAACAUUUUAGAGCAGGUGAACGAGCAAUCCACUGUCAUCGGGAGAGUCUGGCUCACAGUGCUCUUCAUUUUCCGUAUCCUGAUCCUGGGAACAGCCGCUGAGCUAGUGUGGGGAGACGAACAGUCAGACUUUGUGUGCAACACCCAGCAACCUGGUUGUGAGAACGUCUGCUAUGAUGAAGCCUUCCCCAUCUCUCACAUCCGGCUCUGGGUUCUGCAGAUCAUUUUUGUAUCCACACCUUCGCUAAUGUACUUUGGGCAUGCUGUACACCAUGUCCGCAUGGAGGAGAAGAGGAGAGAGAAGGAGGAAGCUGAGAGGCGUCAGCAAGCUGAGGUGGAUGAAGAGAAGCUGCCCCUGGCUCCAAAUCAAAACAAAGGCAACAAUCCUAAUGAGACCAAGAAGUUUCGCCUGGAAGGUACCCUCCUGAGAACCUACAUCUUCCAUAUUAUUUUCAAAACCCUCUUUGAGGUGGGAUUCAUUGUGGGUCAAUACUUCCUGUAUGGAUUCCGAAUUCUUCCACUUUACCGCUGUGGGCGAUGGCCCUGUCCCAAUCUUGUGGACUGCUUUGUCUCCAGGCCCACUGAGAAGACCAUCUUUAUUAUGUUCAUGCUGGCAGUGGCUGCUGUGUCCCUCUUCCUCAACCUGGUGGAGAUCAGUCACUUGAUCCUGAAAAGGAUCCGGAAGGCUCUGAGAAGACCAGCGGAGGAACAGCUGGGGGAAGUGCCAGAGAAGCCCCUCCAUGCUAUCACAGUAUCCUCCAUCCCAAAGACCAAAGGCUACAAGCUGCUGGAAGAAGAGAAGCCGGUGUCCCACUAUUUUCCUCUGAUGGAAGUAGGGGUUGAGCCCAGCCCCCUUCCAUCAGCCUUCAAUGAGUUUGAGGAGAAGGUUGGGAUGGGACCAUUAGAAGAUCUUGCCAGGGCAUUUGAUGAGAGGUUACCAUCAUAUGCACAAGCGAAGGAGCCAGAAGAGGAGAAGGUAAGAGCAGAGGAGGAGGAACAAGAAGAGGAGCAGCCGGAACCUCAGGAAGAGCCAGGGGUGAAGAAAGCAGAAGAGGAGGUGGUGAGCGAUGAAGUGGAAGGGCCUUCAGCCCCUGCUGAACUCGCCACUGAUAUGAGACCCCUCAGCAGGCUAAGUAAAGCCAGCAGCCGGGCCAGGUCAGAUGAUUUGACUGUAUGAAGGUGCAGGAUAUGGGGAGCACAUGAAAAUGAAAAGGUUGAAAAGAAAAUGAGAGAUAGAGAAAGAAUCAAAAGGUAUUUUUAAAGCAAAGUGCUAAAAUGGCCAUUUGAAUAUUAUUUCCUCUUGAGAUUCUCAACUGGAAAGGUACGAUCAUGGUAAUUGUGCCUUAUUUGCCCUGUAUGUCCAUUUGAGAAGGAACAUUUUCCCUGUUUCCACAUGCUAGCUCACUCCUUACAGGAAUACCUAUGCUGUACACAUAACUGAUGUCUUUUAAAACCUAACGUGGCAGUGAAACCCAAAUGUCACUACUGUGAAUGGAUUUACUGGAAGCUUUGUGUUCCACAUUUCUGUUUGGCCAGUGAAGGGGAAGACUGAUCACAAAGUGUAUCUAGUAUUUCUUUUUCUGUUUCCACCUAUGGCAUGCUGAGCAGAUCUCCCCUUCGCUGUUGGCAUGGAAUUGCAGUUAUUUAAUUCACAAAGUGAAUUCUGUGCUUAGCAUCAAUGCACUAAACUCAUAAGCACUAUUUCCCCUCUCUAUUCAGAAAAUAAAGCCAAAAUGUCUCCACUUUCUCUGAGAAUGCAAAUCUGAGUGAGGUAAAAAUAUUUUCCCUUUGUCAAAACUAUUUCUGCUCUUCAAGUGACAUUGCAGUGGGCAAGGUUAAAAGCAGCUCUCUACUAGGAUUUAGCAGAUGCCCACAGAUGGAUUAUUUGUUCCCAAGAGGGUCAUCCAGCCCUCAGCCUAUUUUAGAGCACUGGAAAGAAUAAAUUCAAGUGAUAUUUUUUACUUGUAGUCUUGUGACUUAAAAGAUCUGAAUCUUGAUUUAGCAAAGCAAGUGUGGGAAGGCUCUGUGAAAAGAGGAAACAGCUACAGCCCCAGAGCAUGAAACCAAAUAUAAGCCUUCAUGACAUGAUCCUGACAUGUGCUCAGUUCCUGGAGCUCCCAGACUUACAGGCACUCCGCAAAUCUCAGAGUCCUGGAGGCACCUGUGAAUCUAAACCAGGGGUCUGGGUAACUGUGUGACUAUUUAAAACUCUAAACCCAAAACUGGCUGUUCAGGUUGGAAAAGUCUGGUAUGAUAAUAGUCUUUUGACAUACUUUGUUUUUAAUUUGACAGACAGGAGCCAUCCGGCAGCUAUAUCUCUAUUAAAUGCCAAAGUCUUGAGUAAAACAAGGCCUUUCAAAAGAUGAUUGAGACCUUUUAUGCCAACAGGUCUGUACAGAACUCUCAGAGUCUCAUCAAAAUCUUUUUACAAAAGGCAGAAAGACUUGUGCUUACAAAUGUUUAAAUGUGUGUGGAUUUCUAGUUUUAUGACUUCAGCAGCACCUUUUGGCUGGGACAGCGCAGCAAUGUGUUCAAAAUCUUCAGGUUAAUAUCUAUGUCCCUCAGAAUUGAGCCUCAUGCCAGAAAAGUGCAGGUAUGUGCUCUCAUCUGCUCUGUUCUGCAAACCUCAGACUCUGCCAGCUCAGCAAAUUCUUUCCGCUGGGCUGCAGCCCAUCCCAUUGUUCCCAGGGCAGGCUCUAAUCCAGGUAGGGGGAAAAGCUGUCUUUGGCAUAAUGCAUAGAACUCAUCCCAACAUCAGCUAGAUAAGACCCCCUGCCAUCUCCCAUUGCAGUGGGGCUGACUAGAAGCCCAUGGAAGUCAAAUGGACGUCUGAGAGGGCGCUGGUAGGCUUGGGCUCACACCUCCAGUCCUGCUGCUUUGUGUUCCAGCCUGGGCAGCCACCAAUACAGCCAGUUCUGCCACCCACUGAUCUAACCUGUUUGGUGGACUUCUCCUGCCUUAUUAUGUGGCUGCCUCAUACGAGCACAGAGGUGGCUGAACUUCACCGCUGAGUGAGGUAAGGUGUACAAAUGUAGAAAGUCUGUAGGGUGCUCUGGAAUUCUUCAGCACCAUAGUAUUGCCGUGUUCGUUUUUUACACCAUUAAUCCUUUUGCUCCUCUUGGGCCUGUGUGGGCCUGUGCUUUUUCCCAGGUUUUGCAGCCUGAGGUAAAAAUCUUUGUUCCCUAGACAAAGGCUGUUAUGUUGUCCUUCCUUGUGAAGGAAGACUGAAAGUUUUCGGAAGGAAUGUAAUAAAGCAACACAUGCAAAGGAACAUGCAGAGAGAGAAUCUGGAGGCUAGCAUGUAUCUACCCUCUUAAUACAGAAACAGGAGAACAGUUAGCACAAAUGAAGGCAACUGAGGAAAGAGAAAGCUUUUCUGUAGGAAAGAGUCCACUCUGCCCAAUUCAAGACACUAGAAUUCAAGAAAGGGCAAAGAUUUAGAUGAACAGCAAAAUCACCACACUUAAACUAGAUGGGAUCUAUUACUUUUUAUUUUGUUCACAGAUAAUUAUGAGAGAGUUUUAAGGGUUCUAAGAAUAAAAUGGAAAAAGAGGUAUAAUGGUUCUGAGGAUCAACCAGCCCACUUGUUGAAGGGGCUGGAAACACACUUCCCUGUGCACAAAAACCAAAACCUUGUAACAGUUCAGUGUAAGGUAUCUUCUAUCUUUAGAGCACGUGACCCUUCCAUAUACCAAUGUACUGGACAAGAUGCAUAAUGACCUUAUUGACUUCUAAUUACUUGAAAAGUUCUUUUACACACAACGUCUUUUAAUAACCACUCCUAUUCCUGACCUCUGACAUGCACACCUUCAUUAGAUCACUGGAUUACUUCAAGAUGAGUGUUCAUUUAUCAGAGUAUAUGGUUCAUAAUAUAGCUGUCAGGUGGUUCAGUUUUUAUUCAUCAGAUGUUGAGUAUGUCAUUCUUUUUCACUGGAAUGCCUCGGUAAAAUGCACUGUAUAAAGUGUACUCAAUGGACACUCUGUAGUUCUUUCACAGCUGCCUCAGGAAAGCUCCUCCUGGUCAGAACAGCACAAUGAAACUAACCAGCGUUUUCCUCCUGCAUCCAGUCAGCUGCUGUUGAUUUUUAUUUCUCAAGCCAGUUUUCAAGCACCCUGCCAGGCUGCUAGUGAAUCUGUAGCCACCAAGUACAAGCCACAGCAUCAAGACAGUGCUUCUCAGCGAGCUGGGCAGGGACUAAGUCUGGUCUUCUGGCAUUCAGCCUCAUCUCUGCAAUGAAAUCACUGUGGGACUGUCAGCAAGUCAUUCUUCCUUCAUGUACAACAGGGAAUAAUUUUCUACCUCACAAAGAUAAUGUGAGGCUCAAUAUAUUGUGUUAGUAAUAGACUGGGAGGUCCUUGGAUGGAAGGCCUUACAGAUGAGCAAAGGAUUAUUGCUAUUUCCAGAUGUGAUGGUAUAUAAAUGUGUUUUAUUCCCUCUCAAUGAAACAAAUUUAAUCAUUUAUUCAAGAAAUUCCUUGUGAAGUUGCCUAACAAACAGCCUCAGAGCUGUGGAUCUAGUGUAUGAUUAUACUUCAAAAAGAAUUAAAUACAAAGUUGUAUAUGUGAAGACCAGGGAGAAUUAUCUCCUUGGGAAGGGGGAAGUCACUGGACAAUUACAGCCAUGCCAGAACCAUGUAAAAAUGUGAGUACCCCCUCUUGGCUCCCUGUGCAAAUAAAUCACUAACUGACCACAUGGUUCUCUGCAGGGAGCAUAAGAUGCAAGUGUCAAAAUCACCAAAGGAGGUGAAAGUAGAAGAGAAAGGUAGUGUCUUAGCUUACAGUAGCAUGUGGGAGUUGGUAUUCUCUAGUGUCUAGAGCAGUGGACCUAGGAUAAUAAUCUUAGAUUUAUUUCCAGCUCUGCUUCUGACUUGCUGUGAUAAUCACUUUACCUCUCAGUGCCUGUU